GCUUUUUCUGUCAGAGGUCCUAAGUCGGGAGGAGAGGCCCGUGGCUCUGCGUCAGGGAGACUGAGGCAGAGGGAGAGUGGAAGAGGGGAGAGAGGCCGGCGGGGGAGCCCACGCGUUAUCGGCCGAUCUGGAAAACUAGGAGCCUUCACAAAGGGGAGCUAUCCUGUACCUGGGAUUUUACCGUGAGAGGUUGCAUUUCUCUGGGAUCGGGACCUUGUUUCAGGUGGAGGCUCCAAGAUGGCGGCCAACGCAGAUGCGGCCAAGCCGGUCAUCAUGAAUGAAGAGGAGCUGAAGAGGAAGCAGCGGGAGAAGCUCAAGAAGCUACAGGCCACUGGGGGCAACCCUCGACCUGCGAGAACCCUCUUCCUCUUCGGCCUCAAAAAUCCCUUCCGCAAGGCCUGCACCAACAUUGUGGAGUGGAAAACCUUUGAGAUCAUCAUCUUACUGACCAUCUUUGCCAACUGUAUUGCCUUGGCCGUGUUCCUGCCCAUGCCCGAAGAAGACAGCAAUAACACCAACACAAGUUUGGAGAGCCUGGAGUCCAUCUUCCUGAUCAUCUUCACGUUAGAGUGCUUUCUGAAGAUAAUAGCGUACGGCCUCGUGUUCCAUGAAGGGGCCUAUUUACGGAACUGCUGGAACAUCUUGGACUUUGUGAUCGUCUUCAUGGGUCUCUUCACCUUUGCUUUGGAUACCAUAAAUACGAUAUCUGGUGUGCCACUGGAGAAGGGCGGGGGUUUUGAUAUGAAGGCACUAAGAGCCUUCAGAGUGCUGAGACCCCUACGUCUCGUUUCUGGAGUUCCCAGCCUACAGGUGGUGAUGAACUCCAUCCUCAAAGCCAUGCUGCCUCUGCUGCACAUCGCCCUGCUGGUCUUCUUGCUCGUCACCAUCUAUGCCAUCAUGGGACUCGAGCUCUUCAAGUGCAAAAUGCAUAAGACCUGCUAUUACACCGGCACAAAGAUCUACGCCACAGCAGAGUGGGAGCUUCCCGCCCCCUGCGCUCAGGCUGGUAAUGGACGCCGCUGCCUCAUUAACGGCUCUGAGUGUCAGCCGGGCUGGGAGGGUCCUAACAAUGGCAUCACCCACUUUGACAACAUCGGCUUUGCAAUGCUUACAGUGUACCAGUGUAUCACCAUGGAGGGAUGGACCAAAGUGCUUUACUGGGUUAAUGACGCCAUAGGAAAUGAAUGGCCGUGGCUCUAUUUUGUUCCUCUCAUUCUGGUGGGUUCCUUCUUCGUGCUCAAUCUGGUUCUGGGUGUGCUCAGUGGAGAGUUUACCAAAGAGCGAGAGAAGGCCCGGUCACGUGGAGAGUUCCAGAAGCUGCGAGAGCGUCAGCAGCUGGACGAGGACCUUCAUGGCUACAUGGAGUGGAUCACUCACGCUGAGGUCCUGGAUGCCGACAGGGAGGGCAAAGGUCUGCUGCCUUUGACCAGCGGAGACUCCGACACAGACAGCCUGUAUGACCUGGAAGGCAAGAGUCAGAUCAUCUACUACUACCGCCUGGCCCGUCGCUGGAACCGUUUCUUUAGGAUGAAGUGCCUGGUGUAUGUGAAGACCAAUAGCUUUUACUGGCUGGUGAUGUUCCUUGUCUUUCUCAACACUCUGACCAUCGCCACAGAGCACCACCACCAGCCUGAAUCGCUGACUUCCCUUCAAGACGUGGCCAGUCGUGUUCUGCUGGUGCUCUUUGUCCUUGAGAUGUUUGUGAAGAUGUACGCUUUGGGACCCAGAGCAUAUUUCAUGUCCCUGUUUAACCGCUUCGACUUCUUCGUGGUGCUGUGUGGUAUCUUGGAGAUGAUCAUGUUGUCUGCAGGAGCCGUGGCUCCCUUGGGUUUCUCUGUACUCAGGUGUAUCCGGUUGCUGAGGAUCCUCAAAGUCACAAAGUACUGGACCUCUCUAAGUAACCUUGUGGCCUCUCUCCUUAACUCCGUUCGCUCUAUUGCCUCCCUGCUCCUCCUCCUCUUCCUCUUCAUCGUCAUCUUCUCACUCCUGGGCAUGCAGGUGUUUGGGGGGAAAUUUAACUUUGCCGACCAAAGACCCAAACGGAGUAACUUUGACAACUUCCCCCAGGCUCUGAUCAGUGUGUUUCAGAUCCUCACAGGAGAGGAGUGGACCUCCAUCAUGUAUAAUGGCAUAAUGGCCUACGGAGGGCCUCAAAUCCCUGGCAUCCUGGUCGCCAUCUACUUUAUCAUCCUUUUCGUCUGUGGAAACUAUAUCCUCCUCAAUGUCUUCUUGGCCAUCGCCGUCGACAACCUGGCAGAGGCUGAGAGUCUGACUUCUGCUCAGAAAGAAAAGGCAGAGGAGAAAUUAAGGAGGAAGCUGCUAAGGUCUAAAAUGCCUGACAAGACUGAUGAGGAGAGGGAGAGGAUAUCUAAGAAAUUGGCAGAGCAAAGGGCCAAGUUGGAGGGCAUGCCCACCACAGCCAAGCUCAAAAUUGAUGAGUUUGAAUCCAAUGUCAAUGAAGUUAAAGAUCCGUUUCCACCUGCUGACUUCCCAGGUGAUGACGAGGAGGUCGAGCCCGAAAUCCCCAUCAGCCCCCGGCCCCGACCUAUGGCCGACCUGCAGCUGAAGGAAGAAGCAGUUCCGCUGCCUGAAGCCAGCUCCUUUUACAUUUUUGGACCUCAGAACAAGUUCCGCAAGCUGUGCUACAAGAUCAUCAAUGCUUCGUCCUUCACCAACUUAAUCCUCCUCUUCAUCCUGCUCUCCUCCAUCUCGCUGGCAGCUGAGGACCCCAUUGAUCCCAAGUCCUACAGAAACCAGAUCUUGGCCUAUGCUGACAUUGUCUUCACAACCGUGUUCACCAUUGAGAUUGUGCUGAAGAUGACAGUGUACGGAGCGUUCAUGCACAAAGGCUCUUUCUGCCGUAACUCUUUCAACAUCCUGGAUCUGAUUGUGGUUGGAGUGUCUCUCCUGUCAAUGGGAAUGGAGUCCAGCGCCAUCUCUGUGGUGAAGAUUCUCAGGGUGCUGAGGGUGCUGAGGCCUCUCCGAGCCAUCAACAGAGCCAAAGGGUUAAAGCACGUGGUCCAGUGCGUGUUUGUGGCCAUCAAAACUAUUGGCAACAUCGUCCUGGUCACCAUGCUGCUCAAUUUCAUGUUUGCCUGCAUAGGAGUCCAACUCUUCAAGGGUAAAUUCUACAGCUGCACAGACCCGACCAAAAUGACCGAGGAGGAAUGCCGGGGAAAUUUCAUUAAGCACAUAGAAAAUUCCCUGCAAGACACAGUGGUGGCUGAAAGACAAUGGAUCAACAACGACUUCAACUUUGACAACAUCCUCUACGGGAUGCUGGCUCUCUUCACUGUUUCAACAUUUGAGGGCUGGCCAAAACUCUUAUACAGAGCCAUAGAUUCAGAUGAAGAAGAUAUGGGCCCGGCGUUUAACAAACGCGUCGACGUGUCCAUCUUCUUCAUCAUCUACAUCAUCCUCAUCGCCUUCUUUAUGAUGAACAUCUUUGUGGGCUUCGUCAUCGUCACCUUCCAGGAGCAAGGCGAGCAGGAGUACAAGAACUGUGAGCUGGACAAGAACCAGCGUCAGUGUGUGCAGUACGCGCUGAAGGCUCGUCCUCUGAGGUGUUACAUUCCCAAAAACCCUUACCAGUACAGAGUCUGGUACAUCGUCACCUCCUGCUACUUUGAGUACCUCAUGUUCUUCCUAAUUAUGCUUAACACCUUGUGUCUGGGGAUGCAGCACUGCAACCAGUCGGACCACGUCACAAAGCUGUCGGACAUGCUCAACUUGAUCUUCACCGUGCUCUUCACCGUGGAGAUGAUUCUCAAGCUCAUGGCCUUCAAAGCCAGGGGCUACUUCGGGGACCCCUGGAACGUCUUUGACUUCAUCAUCGUCAUCGGCAGCGUUGUGGACGUCAUCCUGAGUGAAGUCGAUACUGCCCUGGCCUCCAGUGGAGGACUGUACUGUCUCCAUGGCUGCGCUGAGACGAAUCCAAUGCAAGUAAUUGCGGCCUCUGAAAACGCCUCCGUUUCCAUCACCUUCUUCCGACUCUUCCGUGUCAUGCGUCUGGUCAAAUUGCUGAACCGUUCGGAGGGCAUCCGUAACCUACUGUGGACCUUCAUCAAGUCUUUCCAGGCUCUCCCUCAUGUAGCUCUGCUCAUUGUGAUGCUCUUCUUUAUUUACGCUGUCAUCGGGAUGCAGAUCUUCGGUAAGGUAGCCUUGGUGGACGGCACUCAAAUCAACCGCAACAACAACUUCCAGACAUUCCCUCAGGCUGUUCUGAUGUUAUUCCGAUGUGCUACUGGAGAGGCUUGGCAGGAGGUCAUGAUGGCCUCAAUGUAUGGGAAGAAGUGUGACCCCAAGUCCGACUUCCUGCCAGGAGAAGAAUACACUUGCGGGUCCAACUUUGCCGUCUUCUACUUCCUCAGCUUCUACUGUCUCUGUGCCUUCCUGAUCCUCAACCUGUUUGUUGCCGUCAUCAUGGACAACUUUGAUUACCUGACCCGUGAUUGGUCUCUACUUGGUCCACACCAUCUGGAUGAGUUUAAGAAGAUCUGGGCUGAAUAUGACCCUGAAGCCACGGGGAGAAUCAAACAUCUGGAUGUGGUGACACUGCUGCGGCGUAUUCAGCCUCCACUGGGAUUUGGCAAGUUCUGUCCUCAUCGUGCUGCAUGCAAGCGCCUGGUUGGUAUGAACAUGCCUCUCAACAGUGACGGCACCGUCACCUUCAAUGCCACCCUGUUCGCUCUGGUCAGGACUGCACUCAAAAUCAAAACGGAGGGCAACUUUGAGCAGGCCAACGAGGAGCUGAGGGCCAUCAUAAAGCAAAUCUGGAAACGCACCAGUAUGAAGCUGCUGGACCAGGUCAUCCCCCCUAUAGGAGAUGAUGAAGUGACUGUGGGGAAAUUCUACGCCACCUUCCUGCUCCAAGAUCAUUUCCGCAAGUUCCUGAAGCGCCAGGAGGAGUACUAUGGCUAUCGGCCAACUAAGAAGAACGCCUCAGGCCCAGAAAUCCAGGCGGGUCUGAGGAGUAUAGAGGAAGAGGCAGCUCCAGAGAUGCACAGGGCCAUUUCAGGAGACCUGCAGAAUGAUGAUGAAAUGGACAGAGCUAUGGAAGAGGCUGGAGAAGAAGGCAUUUACCAGCGCUCACACGGCCUGUUUGGUAACCGGGUGGAGUCGUUCUCCGCUGAGCCCGACAGCGCCCAGUCCGCGCAGCAGAUGACCCACCAGCGGCCCCUCAAGUUCUCCGAGAGCCAGCCUGAGUCUCCACCCAACUCCGCCGGCUUGGUGUCCACCACCGAAUUCUUCCCCACAUCCGCGCCAAGGAGCAACACGAACAACAACGCCUUUGCAGAGUUUUCAUUCGAAAGAGAAGGCAGUCCUGUGGAGUUUUACAAUCCCAGUGAGGACGUAGACCCAGACAACAUACGCUCCUGGAACUUCACAGUGAGAACGGACAAAUCACAGUUCCCUUAUGACCCUUAUGACUACGAUGACAGGCAGAGUCAGAGCUCCCACACUGCAGCCGACCAGCUCAUCCAGGAGGCUCUAGCUGAGGGCGGUCUAGCGUCCAUGGCCAGAGACCCGGGCUUCGUCUCUGUAACCAAGAAGGAGAUGGCCGAUGCCAUGCACAUCCCCGUCCAUGAGAUGGAAGGGGUGGCUCGGGGCAUCCUCAACGAGCGCUCCGGCAGCGUCGCCCCCGCCAAAAAGAGACGCCCCGUCCCCGUCCCCCCUUCUGUCCCCGCCGUGGCACAGGAAACCCGCCAGCCAGAACCGGCCGCGAGGAGAAAGAGGCGCCCAAUUCCCCUGAUUCCCUCGCGACAGGAGGCCGACUCGGAAGUUUAGAGGCUGUCAGUCGGGUUUAUAUGGUUAAGCAUAUGGUUUUAUACACUGUUCAUGGCUCCAACUCACAUCAACUUACCAAGCUUGUUGCCCCUUUGGCAGUAUGUGCCUGUCAGCCUGGCUUAAAGGCUUGAAGACAGUUUGGAUUUAAUAUAUUGUCAAGUGUGGUUGAAACGUAACCGACGAGAAUCUGAUACUGGAACAUCUCAUUCUUCAGAUUUAUUGAACCAAUAAAAACAGUGACUUAUCUCAGAGUGGACAGACUGACGCACUUCUUUCUUUGUAGCGUUUGUUGAGGUUAUCCAUUCCGCAGACUUAUGGGACAACCAUGUGAGUGAGCUGAGUGUCUUACUGACGCCUCACGGAAGGAGGUAAGAUUGUGACUGACAUGUCGAAAGCGACUCGGUGUAUUCAGAAAAGAAUCGAGCAGCGUCUUCAACGCGCUGCUCGUCGCCGAGGACGGAGGGAAAAGACUUUGUGGAACCAAUGAUUGUCUUUGACCCAGACAGUUAUUAAUCAACUGUUCUUAAUGGGGCUCUGGUGUUGACAUUGAAAGUUGAAGGAUUGUUAUUUCAUUUAUUUGCUAAAGCAGUGUCCGUCACUGCCUUUUAAUACUGAGGUUAACCAAGUCUUGAUCUAACCGCUGGUGUUGUACAGACUUGGUAUCAGCAGUUUGACUUUUAGAGAGGAAAUCUUGUUUUUGGGGAGGAACGUUUAGUCUAUACGAUAAUUGUGUAGCUGUAAUAAAUUAUUUGUUCCAUUUGAAUUUGUGCUGUAGUAAAGCAGACAAUGCAUAUGAUUUUCAAAACCACUGCUACAGGGUUUAUUACAUUUACAUGUACUAGUGAUCCCUGGGCCUUGGUAGUAGUUUAAUACAGAUAAGGUUUCUUCAGCAUACCUGGUGUAUGGUUUAUUUAGCUUAGAAUAUUAGAAUAAUUGCACUCGUUUCAUGUUUUGCGCCUAGAUGCCGACACAGACAGGCCUUCCAGAGGAUCAUUAUUUUCUUUUCUUUUUUUAUUUUUACAUUUACCCUUUGAUCAGCCUGUGUCCGGUUGUCAUGCGUACUUUAUGUUUCAAGGUUUUGGAGAUACUGCUACUUUGAGUGAACCUCAGUUCUGAAUCUGUGCCGUUACGGUUGAUGUUUUCACCACUGGCAAAAGAAAUAAAUCGUCCAAAACAUUUAA